GUCCCAAAACCCUCACCGUCUUCGCCGUUCGCGAAAACUGAAAACCUACUUGCGGAUACCGGAGCUGCGGAAUACGUAGCUUCAGCAGCUCCCUUCACAACUCUUCUUUACUACGAUUUAUCCUUUGAGACAGCAUUCAGUUUUUCUCCUUCGGAAAUCUCUAAUUCAUGGAGUUUUGAUUGAUCUAACUGAGAGCGGCUGGUGAGGAUUAUUGCAGAUUAGUAGCUUAUUUUAACGUGUAUCUCUCACGUUUGGACGACUUCCGGCGAGCUAAAAUGGUUACGGAACAAAAGGAUGACGCCGCCGGCAAGACUUUGCCUCCUGUACAGGAGAUAUCCGAUGAGUUAGAUGCAAAAGUAAAAAAGUAUCUUAGAGGAGAAGCUGCUAAUCUAGAGGAAUUGAAAGACAAAAAACUAAAGGGUCAGCUUGCAGUAAGGGAAGACUUGUAUGGAAAAGCAGCAAGGGCUGCUGCCAAGACCGAGAAGUGGCUUCUUCCAAGUGAAGGUGGCUAUUUGGAGCCUGAAGGGAUAGAAAAGACAUGGAGGAUCAAGCAGGAAGCUAUUGCUCGCGAAGUAGACAUCCUAAGCUCAAGAAACCAGUAUGAUAUAGUCCUACCAGAUCUUGGUCCAUACACUUUGGAUUUCACUCCAAAUGGUCGGUACAUGGCAGCUGCUGGACGUAAGGGUCAUCUAGCCCUUGUGGACAUGCGGAAUUUGAGCCUAAUUAAAGAGAUUCAGGUUAGAGAAACAGUACGUGAUGUGGCAUUCCUGCACAAUGAACUUUUCUUUGCUGCUGCACAGAAGAAGUAUCCUUAUAUUUAUAAUCGCGAUGGCACUGAACUUCAUUGUUUAAAGGAACAUGGUGCAGUCUUAAGGCUUCAGUUUCUGAAAAACCACUUCCUGUUGGCAUCAAUAAACAAAUAUGGCCAGCUACAUUACCAGGAUGUGACAACAGGUGAAAUGGUAGCAAAUUACCGGACUGGUUCAGGUCGUACUGAUGUUAUGGAGGUGAAUCCAUACAAUGGGGUUGUUGCAUUGGGUCAAUCAAACGGCACAGUAACCAUGUGGAAGCCUACCAGUGUUAAUCCACUUGUGAAGAUGCUGUGUCAUCAUGGACCUGUCUCAGCAUUGGCAUUCCAUCCCAAUGGCCAUCUCAUGGCCACAUCUGGGAAGGAAAGAAAGAUUAAGAUUUGGGACCUGAGGAAAUUUGAUGUUCUCCAAACUUUACCAGGCCAAGCAAAGACCUUGAAUUUCAGUCAGAAAGGCUUGCUUGCUGCUGGAACCGGCUCAUUUGUUCAAAUAAUGGGAGAUUUGUCUGGAUCACAGAAUUAUAGUAGAUACAUGAGUCAUUCUAUGGUGAAAGGUUACCAGAUAGGAAAAGUUUUAUUUCGGUCAUAUGAGGAUGUUCUGGGCAUAGGACACUCCAUGGGUUGGUCUAGCAUUCUUAUUCCAGGAUCAGGGGAACCCAACUUUGAUUCCUGGGUAGCAAACCCAUUUGAAACAUCUAAACAGCGGAGGGAGAAGGAAGUGCGCUCACUCCUUGACAAACUCCCACCCGAAACAAUCAUGUUAGACCCAACAAAGGUUGGUACAGUAAAGGAAGCGAGGAAGAAAGAAAAGCUAACAAAGAAGGAGAUUGAAGACGAAAUGGAAGCUGCUAUUGAGGCUGUGAAGGCAACAGACCUGAAGAAGAAAACGAAGGGCAGGAAUAAACCAAGCAAGAGAGCAAAGAAGAAGAAGGAGAUCAUCAAGAGAGCAAAGAGGCCUUUCGUGGAGCAACAAAUUGAGGAACAAGAGUUAUCCCGAAAGAAGCGGAAGCUCAGUCAGGUAACCGACAUGCCAAAGAGUUUACAGCGGUUUGCCCGCAAGACUGGAACAUAACUGUGCCACAUGUAGUCUCUAAUUUUAUUUUUUAUUUUUAAAUUUUAACAAGAUGAUGUAUUUUACUCUUCCUUUCCUUCAAUUUCAAAUUAUCUUCAUAUUGUUACAUCUGAGUUUGUUUUUAUGAGGUUGUCAUUUACUCCCAUGUCAAAACUCUGUACCGAGACACGAUAAAGAAAAAAAAGGAAA